GCUGCCCCUCCUGCCCCUCCUGCCCCUGUCGCUGCUGCCCCUCCUGCCCCCCCGCCACCAUGGUGUGCGGCGGCUUUGCCUGCUCCAAGAACUGCCUGUGCGCCCUCAACCUGCUGUACACGCUGGUCAGCCUGUUGCUGAUCGGAAUCGCCGCCUGGGGCAUCGGCUUCGGGCUCAUUUCCAGCCUGCGGGUGGUCGGCGUGGUCAUCGCAGUGGGCAUCUUCCUGUUUCUGAUCGCGUUGGUCGGGCUGAUUGGAGCCGUCAAACACCACCAGGUGUUGCUCUUCUUCUACAUGAUUAUUCUUUUGCUGGUAUUUAUUGUGCAGUUUUCUGUCUCUUGCGCUUGUUUGGCACUGAACCAGGAGCAACAGGGUCAGCUUCUGGAAGUUGGAUGGAACAAUACGGCCAGUGCUAGAAAUGACAUCCAGAGAAGUUUGAACUGCUGUGGAUUCCGAAGUUUUAACCACAAUGACACCUGCCUUGCUAGUUGCUUCCAAAGCGGCCAGCUGUGUUCUCUGUGCGCACCGAUCAUAGAAGAGUAUGCAGGAGAGGUUUUGCGAUUUGUUGGGGGCAUCGGCCUCUUCUUUAGUUUCACGGAGAUUUUGGGCGUGUGGUUGACCUACAGAUACAGGAAUCAAAAGGAUCCUCGGGCAAACCCCAGUGCAUUUCUCUGAUGUAAUUAAAAGCAAGGACAAUCCUUUCUCCCUCUUUCUCUCACCCUACUGUUCAAUCUAAAUUAAUCUAAUCCGCACUUUUCCUAAGGGAAAGUAAGGUGUUCAGAUAAAACUUAGGUUUCAGAAACAUACUUUGUACCAGGUGGAGUUUACCCCCUUUUUGGUUUGUAAUUAUCUUUCACCACUUUCCUGGUCUGUCUGGUUUUUUGGUUUUGUUUUGUUUUCCUCCUGUUGCUGAACGUAUCCUGAAUACUUGUGAUCUCUUCUAGAGUACAGCAGUUACCACAGCCUACAGUAUCUGCAGUUUAUAGCACUGUUCACUGUUGCCUUUCUUCGUAUUUGUACGUGUGGAAAAAAAAACUUUAUAUGGCCGUCUUUCAUCGAAAUCAAACUGACAGCUCACGGAAAGUAAUCAAGACAUACGUAGCAAGUGUUGUACCGGUAGAAGUCGAUUCAGAGGAAAGGUGAAGUUUAAUUGGACCAGGAAGUAGCUGGUUUCCCUCUUAAAUGAGGGAAAGAAGGUGAUCUAGAGAAUACCAAAUUCAUGAUGAUCUUUCUAUGAAAAACUCAGUGUGGUUUUAAAGCAGCUGUAGAUGUCAAGGUAGAAAUUGGACUCCCGUAGUCUUAUUUUACAUUUAAAUGUAUAUUAAGAGAGAGAGGCCCUUGAGCAAAGAAGAUGUAAAUAUGUUUGAGUUGUCCAAGUGAAAAAGGGGAGGUGGCCUGAUGGGGAAAAAAACCCUCCAUAUUUAUAUAUAGAAUUUACAUUCCCCCUCUCCUAAAGUCAAGUGAACGUUAAUUCAAAACCUUUGAGUUUUUGUUAUGCUAUUUCUUUUUAUAGAAUGAACUUGAUGCCCAAAGAAUGAGGUUUUUUUUCAAAAGAAACCGUUUUGAAACUAGUGAAUCGUGACACACUAGUAAAGGAAAAUGAUCCCUUAUUUCAAACCUGGCCCAUCUUUAUGAAGUUUCUCAUUAUUGUAACAGUAUCCGAAGUUCUAAAGUGCAAGCAUAUUUGAAUGUGAUAUGUCAUAAUUUACAGUUUGAAAUUGAAUUGUAGUUUCAGAGUUUGUUUUAAAAAAUAAAGGACGGAAAACCUUUU